GAACAGUUUACAGUCACCAAGCCAGAAACAAACAUGUCUCUAGUAAAGCUUUUGACCGUGGUUGCUUCUCUGGCUUUAUCGGUACCGACCAGUGAUGGUGCUAAAAUUCUGGGCUUCUUCCCAUUUCCAUCUAUCAGUCAUCAAGUCGUAUUCAGACCUCUGAUGCUCGAACUCGCUCGAAGAGGCCACGAAGUGACAGUCAUCACACCAGAUCCAGCCUUCCCCAAAGGAGGAACACCAGCCAAUUUUACCGAGAUCGAUGUCCACGAUGCGUCAUACCGCAUAUGGCACGAACAAUUCGUUGGCACACCGAAAGGGCAUAAAGGGAAUUUUGUAAAAGAUUUCAAUAUAAUCUUCAACCUUAAUGUAAAAAUAGUAGACGUUGAGUUAAAAGAUGUGGAAGUGCAAAGAUUGCUUAACGAUAAGAACCAGACAUUUGAUCUGAUAUUCGCCGAAGCGAUGAUGAGACCUGCUGUAGUAUUAUCCCAUAUAUACAACGCUCCAGUGAUACUAAUGAGUUCUUAUGGAACGUUCAGUGACAAUUACGCUGUCAUGGGUGCACCUAUUCAUCCAUUUUUGUACCCGUUCUCUGUCAGUAGAAGAUUGCAUAGUACAUCUUUGUGGGACAAAAUUGGACAUUUGUACGAUUACAUAAGGAUUGAGAUUAUACAGAGAAACAGCUACGUUGAAGAGAAUCGAAUGCUCCGAUCACAUUUUGGAGCGGACCUACCAUCGAUUCAAGAGAUGAACAACAAUGUCGCUAUGAUGUUUUUGAAUAUGUAUCCAGUUUUCGAAGGGAACCACCCUGUUCCUCCAUCUGUUAUACACAUGGGUGGUAUUCAUCAGAUUCCUGACAAGCCGCUGCCUAAGGACUUAAAAUCAUACCUAGAUUCUUCUAAAAACGGCGUAGUCUACGUCAGUUUUGGAACAAACGUGGAUCCAACAUUGUUACCUCCUGAGAAAAUUGCAAUGUUCAUACGAGCAUUCUCCAGAUUGCCCUACGACGUGCUAUGGAAGUGGAACAAGGACGAACUGCCGGGACGUACGGACAAUAUCAAGAUAUCUAAAUGGCUUCCACAGUCCGACUUGCUGAAACACCCAAAAAUCAAAGCAUUCAUAACACAAGGAGGUCUACAAUCAACCGACGAGGCUAUAACUGCGGGAGUACCUCUGAUUGGUAUACCAAUGUUUGGAGACCAAUGGUAUAAUGUAGUCAAAUAUGAAAAGCUGAAGAUUGGACUGAAGUUGGAAUUAGACACCAUUACUGAAGAAAUUCUAGAAAAUGCUAUUCACAAAGUUAUUGAUGAUGACAGUUAUCGACGUAACAUAGAAAAACUGAGAAGUGUUAUGCAAGAUGAACCAAUGGCUCCUCUAGAGCGCGCCGUGUGGUGGACGGAGCACGUGCUGCGUCACGGCGGCGCGAGACAUCUGCGUGGACCUGCAGCCAACAUGUCGUGGGCAGAGUACCUCGAACUAGAACUAGUACUGACACUUCUUCUAGCCCUGAUCAUCACCACAGCUACCAUCAUUCUGCUAGCUAAAUAUAUAUACGAUAAAGUUUUAAGAAAAUAUGUCGCUAUUAUUAAAAUUAAGCGAGCGUGAUGAUUAUAGCA